AUUCGUCACUGUGAACUGUCAACUUGAUAAUACUUAAAACAUCACAAUUAUAAUAUGCACUUGUAAUAAUAAUCAACUAUAGUAAUUUAAUAUGGCUGCGGCAUUUCAGCAGCAGAUAUUUGCCCUGGACGCGCGCUUCAAUGCUUACAGAGCUCCCGGAAAUCCAAACUUUAAAACUUUAUAUAUACGCCGGAGGAGUCAACUUCUUAGAGAAAAUUCUAAAUUUAAGGAUAUAGAAACAAUCAAGAAAUAUAUUAAUAUAAGAAGUCAGCUGUUGCAGAGAAGGUAUGGGGUUCAGGACAAUAUAUCUAUUAGUUCAUCCUCAUCUCGACAAAGAUCAAAUAGUAGGGCAAGCCUGCCAGUGGACGAGAGUAUUACAAUUAAUGCCAAGAAAAAGAAUGACAUGACUAUAUCCGAAAACUAUGCAUUCUCUGGAGUACAUCACAUAUUUGAUCAGCACACAGAUCAAGUUAGCAUGGUGAAAUUCGCGAACAACGACCGUAGCAAACUGUGUUGUGUGUCGCACGACGGGACAGUGUCUGUGUGUGACGUCACCGCUACGCCCCCGCGCGUCUCCUUCGUGCUGCGAGGACACACCAAACCCGUCACCGGCUGCGACUGGUCGGCGUCGAACGAGGUGCUGGUGACGUGCGCGCUGGACGGGCUGCUGCUGGUGUGGGACGCGUGCGGCGCGCGGCGCCUGCGCGCGGUGCCCGACCAGCUCGCCGCGCCGCUGCUGUGCUGCGCCUUCCAGCCCGCCAACAACAACAUGCUCAUCGCGGGGAACGCAAGAGGGAUGGUAGAGGUCCUCAACGUAUCAACUGGUAUAUAUCCUAGAGGAGGCAGCAGUAUCUUAGGCGGUCGAGUGACGGCCAUAGCGUGCGAGUCCAGUGGAAGAAUGUUUUGGGCAGCUAAUGAUAAGGGCGUGAUCGUGAGCUUCCGCAUGUCGGGCGCGGGCGGCGCGCUGAGCAAGCUGCGGCGCUGCUGCGUGGGCGGCGCCGUCAGCAGCCUGGCCUGGAGCCCGUGGCUCGCCCGCCACCCCGCGCUGCUCGUCAGCGCCGCCGACGACUCGCUCUACCUGUUCCGGGUGGCGGACCGUGAGGGCCUGCUGUCGCUGAAGAAGCGCUUCUCGACGCAGCACCGAUCGUUCGCGGUGCGGUCGUCGUUCUGUCCUCUGAUGUCGUUCCGGCGCGGCGUGUGCGUGGUGAGCGGGGGAGAGGACGCCUGCGUCUACUUCCUGGACAUAGAGGGGGAGGCUCGACACCACCCAGUCGUGAACAAGCUGCAAGGACACGCGUCUCCGGUGCUGGGCGUCAGCUUCAGCUACGACGAGAGCCUGCUGGCCACCAGCGACGCCGCGGGGCUCGUCAUCAUCUGGCGCCGCAGCUGAGGCUCUGCCGGCGGACCGAUACUGGACUACUAACGAUGCAUUCCAUUUUAAUAAUACUCUAAUGUUCGACUAUUGUCUUGAGUCUCGAUCGUUGCUUUACUAAAAUUAUAUUAUUAAUAAAUAAAAUAAUAAUAAUGACAAAAAUAAUCUUUUGAUUUUGUUUCGACGUAAGCUAGCAAUAAGUAGAGGAUAUAAAUAAAAGUCAUAUGAAGUCA